AGAAUUGCAAUCAGAGACAGAGAGAGCGAGAGAGAGACCGAGAGCGUGAGCGAGACAGACCGACGGACAGAGGGGCGAGACAGAGAGAAUAUGGACCCCGGCCAGCAUGUUAUGGGUGGUUAUGGGACAGUCCAGGCUGUCAGUGAGGAAAUCCAGGACCUAGCCCAGAAGUUUAAGCCGCAAGUUGAAAGUAAACUGAAUUGCAAAUUCGAGAUUUUUCACGCAAUCUCUUACCGGAGUCAGGUGGUGGCUGGAAUGAACUACGCUCUUAAGAUCGUUGUAGGUCGUGGCGAUGAUUAUAUCCACAUGAACGUAUACCAGCCUCUGGCCUGUUCAGGGAAGUCGGCCGAGCUCAGAGACGUCCAGACGGGGAAGAAGCUGUUUGACGAAAUCAAGUGACCGUCUCCGUUUGUCUGUCUCUCUCCCACAAACCCCUUUCCAUUUAUCAUCCCAGCUUCACUCUCUCCACACCCCUCGCAUAUCACCCAUCCAGCCCCUUCCCCAGCCUGUCCCACAGGGGGAACAGCAGGAGGCCAUUCAGCCCCUUCCCCAGCCUGUCCCACAGGUGGAACAUCUACAGGCCUUCCCAGGUAUGUGACCACCACCGGUCUCGGAAAAAGUGCACCAUGUUCCUUCCUGGAACCAAGGAACAUCGUUAACAUGGCAGUGGGAUCUUGCUGUGCGUAAACCUGCUUUCCCUCUCCAGCAGGCCAGGAGAAGGGGUCCUGAGGCGCCGAACGGAGUAAUCCUUCCUGUUACCUUCCACAGAACACCAUUCCCGAUGUUCCACUGCAGUAUCUUCACAAAACGCUCAAUAAAAUCCUUCGGAAAACUAAA